AUGGCCUACGAGAUCAUUGACAACGUUGCGGCUGAAGGGGUUCCGUACUAUACACCAGCUCAAGAUCCCCCAGCUGGCACUUCUUCAGACGGCUCAACUAAACUUUUUACACCCAUCACCAUCCGUGGUGUUACAUUCCCAAACCGUCUCUUUCUUGCCCCUCUCUGUCAAUACUCUGCCAAAGAUGGAUAUGCCACUGAUUGGCAUUUGACUCACCUCGGAGGCAUUCUCCAAAGAGGUCCUGGAAUGUCCAUGGUUGAGGCUACCGCUGUACAAGACCAUGGCCGCAUCACGCCCCAGGAUGUCGGUCUCUGGGAGGACGGCCAGAUCGAACCUCUCAAGCGCAUUACCACUUUCGCGCACAGCCAAAGCCAGAAGAUCGGUAUUCAGCUUUCGCAUGCCGGUCGCAAGGCCAGUUGUGUGUCUCCUUGGCUGAGCAUCAAUGCCGUUGCGACUAAGGAAAUGGGUGGUUGGCCAGACAACAUUGUCGCUCCCUCAGCAAUCCCACAAGAAGAUGGGGUGAACCCAGUUCCCAAAGCUUUCACCAAGGCGGAUAUUGAGCAACUCAAGAGCGACUACGUGGAAGCUGCCAAGAGAGCCAUUCGUGCAGGUUUUGAUGUCAUCGAGAUUCACGCUGCUCACGGAUACCUCCUCCACCAGUUCUUGAGUCCGGUCGCCAAUCAAAGAACUGAUGAGUAUGGCGGCAGCUUCGAGAACCGUAUUAGAGUUGUCUUGGAAAUCCUAGAUCUCAUCCGCGCUGCCAUUCCCGAAACCACACCUAUUCUCGUCCGUGUCAGUGCAACUGACUGGUUUGAGUUUGACUCUGAGUUCAAGGAUGAGUUCCCUGAGAGUUGGACUGUUGAGCAAACUUGUCAACUUGCAAAGAUCUUGCCAAAGCACGGCGUCGACUUGGUGGAUGUCAGCUCAGGUGGUAUCCAUCCCAAGUCUGCCAUCGCUAUCAAAGCUGGUCCUGCUUACCAGGUUGACCUCGCCAAACAGGUAAAAAAGGCCGUGGGCGAUAGUGUACUUGUUUCAGCUGUCGGUGGAAUCAAGACUGGACAACUUGCCGAGGAGGUUUUGCAAUCUGGUAUCGAUAUUGUGAGAGCUGGACGUUGGUUCCAACAGAACCCAGGCCUUGUUAAAGCCUUUGCUAACGAGCUUGGUGUGGAAGUCAAGAUGGCGAACCAAAUUGAUUGGAGCUUCAAGGGUCGUGGAAAGAAUGGAACUAAGAAGUCUUCAUAG